GUUCAAGGGGCAGGUAAACAAAAUGGCGGCUGCCUAACAACUGAACUCCUGCGGGGAGGGAGGGAGAGGCGAUGCUGCAUGGAGCGGAACAACGACAACAGCAGCCAGAGGAGCCCGAGGAAUCCGAGCCCAUCCUGGCAGCCUUCAGAGACUAUCUCGAGAUGGACGAGGUGGUUGACUACAUCAGCGAGAACGACCUGAUGGGAGUGGACACUUUCAUCCACAGGAUAGACUCGACCGACGUGAUCUACCAGCCGAGGAAGAAGAGGGCCAAAAUCAUCGGCAAGUACUUGAUGGGCGACCUGCUGGGCGAGGGUUCUUACGGCAAAGUCAAGGAGAUGCUGGACUCCGAGACCCUGUGCAGAAGGGCCGUGAAAAUCCUCAAGAAGAAGAAGCUGCGGAGGAUCCCGAAUGGGGAGGCGAAUGUGAAAAAGGAAAUCCAGUUGCUCAGGAGACUACGACACAAAAAUGUAAUCCAGUUGGUAGAUGUGCUGUAUAAUGAUGAAAAACAAAAGAUGUAUAUGGUAAUGGAAUAUUGCGUGUGUGGAAUGCAAGAAAUGUUGGAUAGUGUCAGCGAUAAGAAAUUCCCAGUUUUUCAAGCUCAUGGGUACUUCUGCCAAUUAAUUGAUGGUCUAGAAUAUUUGCACAGUCAAGGGAUAGUCCACAAAGAUAUUAAACCAGGGAACCUUCUGCUAACAACGGAUGGCACUUUGAAAAUCUCAGACCUAGGAGUAGCUGAAGCAUUACACCCUUUUGCAGAGGAUGAUACAUGUAGGACGAGUCAAGGAUCACCAGCAUUCCAGCCUCCAGAAAUUGCAAAUGGACUAGAUACAUUUUCAGGGUUCAAGGUGGACAUUUGGUCUGCAGGGGUGACAUUAUACAAUAUUACAACAGGUCUUUAUCCAUUUGAGGGAGAUAACAUCUACAAAUUAUUUGAAAACAUAGGGAAAGGGGAGUACACCAUUCCAGAGGAAUGUGGACCGUUGUUGACAGAUUUAUUGCAAGGAAUGCUUGAAUAUGAUCCUGUGAAAAGAUUUUCAAUACAACAGAUUAGACAGCACAAUUGGUUUCGGAAAAAACACCCUCAGACAGAAAAUCCUGUUCCAAUUCCUCCAAGCCCAGAGACCAAGGACAAAUGGAGAAGUAUGACAGUGGUGCCUUACCUGGAAGACUUGCAUGGUUAUAAUGAUGAUGAAGAAGAUCUGUACAAUGAAGAUGUGGAGAAUGAAAUAAUUUAUACUCAGGAUUUUACAGUACCAGGACAGGUGCAGGUGCCUGAAGAAGAAAUUGAGCAAAACGGCCAAAACAGGAGCAAAGGCAGCCACAAGGCAAUGUGCAUGAAUGGCACAGAGGCAGGACAGUUUAACAGCAAGGUCAAAAAUGAACGGAGGUCAAGCUCUUCUUCCAAUCCAUCCCGCAAAGCCUCCACCAGUAGCAGCAAAAUUCGGAAACUCUCUGCAUGUAAACAACAAUGACCCAUCUGUAAACUCUAUGUGGUAUGUACUGGAGCUUCCAUUAAAUUAUAUUUGAACUGGACUCUAUCUUAAGUGCACACUUUAAUGUGACAGUCCAAUUGUGUAUAUACACUUAUGAAGGAAUAGAGACUUUGCAUUGAUUCAUAGCAAUCAGAAUAGGGCCAGUCAUUAGUCUCUGUGAGAUAUGACUAUAAUAGUGAACUUGACUUGCUUUACCUGUCACUUCAUAGUGUGACAGAUGGUUUUAAACUAUGCCUUUCCAGUUCAAACAUAAUAAACAAAAGGGGUAAAAUUGAACUGUAAUUGAAUGGAAACCCAACACAAAGUCACCACAUGCCAUAUUCAUAUUGCAAUACAUAAUAUUGUAGUAUGGUAUGAUCGAUACAUUGAAGCUUCACAGAAGUAUAUUUAGUCACUCGUAUUUUGCACUGGGUGAUUAUUGUCAUAUAACCUUUGUUCACUUAUUUUGAGAACAGCCUUUGUUUCUCUCAGUAUUUUUUGUAUACUUGAAGGUGAAUUUUAUUUUUCUGUAAACAAACUAGAACUUGUGGCAGAAUAACAUUACUUUUAUUUCAGUUCAUUUUUAAAGAAAAAUUAGCAAUCCCGUUCAUUAGUUACAAAGUGAAUUUCAGGUAAUAAGUAUAAUUUGUACUUUUACAAUAUAUUAGUUACAAAUAUGUCACUCCAUCCCCAAUCCCCAGCUCCCUUCAUGCAAUUUCCUGUAGCUUAGGUUUGCUUGUAUGUAAAACUAUGUAUAAAGAGCAUCCAUAGUGUUGAAAGAACUGGUAAGAUUUGUCAAUACAUUUGAAGUCAGCAGUAUGCCAUGAGCUCCUGCUUUCGGGGAGCUACUAUGAUGUUUAACUGCUUAAAGCAAUGUUUUAGACAUGAUGUUAUGGAUUUUAACUUUGGGUGGAAAACAGCCCAUUGAGGGUCAGCUGUCAAUUAUGCACCCAGUUUGAGUUUCCUUUCUAUUGAACUUAGUGAAAAGAAAAAUCCAGCAACAUGUAUAACGGCAAAUUAAUGGUGGCCUGAUGGUUAAAGUUAAAAUCUGUCCCACUCAAUGGUGUUAAGUACUCUGAGAAUUGUUCCUGGUUCAGUUGCACUUUAAACCUGACUGAUACCUCUGGAGGAUUUGAGCUGCAAGCAGUGUUUACAUAGCAGACUUCAUUGGUGCUGCAUGUGUAGCUUCCAGGAGAAACUCCCAUUGUGCAAGUCCCGAGUGCUGUAACUUGCAGCUGCCAUCCAGAAAUACGAAGAAAUACAUCAUAAAUCUGAUUGGUAGACUUGAAUAUUUGAUUGUUUUGGAUCUUGAACAUGUAACAAAAGCUUUUUGUAGGAGCUCCUCUACAUUGAGGUUACAUGGCUUUUAUCCUCGGGAUUCUAAUUCUUUAGUGCAGGAUUGUAAUUUUAAAAUAAAAUUGAAUGUGUUAAAGGAGCAGUACGUUAUUUGUUUUGAUUUUCUUUAACAAGAGUACUUCUCGCCCUUCACCUUGUUAAAAUGCCAUUUAAUAUUAUUAUCUGAUUAUUAAUUAACAUCUUUAAUAUAGUUUCUACACUUCCCCAUGGAAGAAUUACCAUUCUUCUGUACUGCAGCUGGGUAAUUACAAACAGCUAUAGUGGUCUCUUCUCAACCAAAUUGACAAUGCCAGUAUCACCUGAGCAAAAAGCCUGCUGAUUCUUCCAUCUUUGUUUUCAUGUGUGUUGGUUCAUUUGACUGAUUGUUAGCAAUAGAAUAAUACGUAGGUGUUUUGCCUCUAACCAACCAUGACCCAGGACGUUCUGCUCCUUUAAGUUGGCAAAUAAACAUUCUUUUUUAAUCAUUACUUUGGUAUGUUGAAAGAUUGUAUAGCAAACCACAGUUUUAGUAGAAAAUAGUUGGUGAUUGAAAGUUCACAGCUGCUUUAAAAACCAUUUUUAAGGACCUUAAAUUAAAUGGAAAUUAUUUGUAAAUGAAUACCUUUUUGUUUUUGUAUGAUUUCAUACAGAAAUGCCAUUGUAUUUUACCUUUCCUUUAUAUUUAUUAACCACAACGGACUGAGGUGUUUUCACCAUUGCAUAUAAUGUGUGUUUAUAUUGUGCUUCCUGAAGAAUUGUCACAGUUGCUGAUUAGUGUACAAGAAAAUUAAAACAUCUUUCCCCACUUUUCCAGUGUUGUACUGUGACAAUAGUAGUAUGCAUGUUAUAAUAGCUGAAAUCCCAAAAGUCACACUGAUUCAAAUUUUGUAGAAAUUUUGGUUAAUACUUUAAAUGAUUUUACCUACUAUUUUUGUUGCAGGUGUUGUAUUAAAUUAAAUAAAAUGAUUUGAAAGCCCUUUGUUGCAUUCAAAAGCACCCACUUUUGUAAUAACUUAAGAGUGUGUAUUUAUGGAGCUUAUGGAAAAUUUAUGUAAACACAUUCUUGCCUUCGUGGCCCUACAACUAAAUAUUUUACCCUUUUAUGGAAUUACCUGCUAUAACUGAUUAGAGUACAAAUGAUAUUCAGAGUUUUCGUAUUUCUGUAGGGCAAUCUGAGAGGAUAAAAAUGUUAAGUCAGUUUGUUAAUUUGCGUAAAUUUACUAUCUGUUCAUGGGGACCAUCAGUAGUAACAUGUCACAUUUGAAAUUUUCUGGAAUUGACCAAAAAAAAUUGCCUCUUAAAUAACUCUGCUUGUCAGUGCAUCCCAGCCCAGAGCAUCCAGCAGAAGCCUUUUAUCUAUAGACAUUCCAGAAGACAUCUUAAAUUUCUUAUUAUUCUAAAAAUCUGCCAAUAAUUUAAUUCUAAAAGGUUGGAAGGAACUGUAGUAUCAUUCACCAUCCCCAUUGAAAAUAGGUGAUGCCCUCCAUGUUGUUAUUGUAAAAACAAGUUUGAAAGCUUUUCCAUCAGUUUAGGAAGAUUUUAGUUUUCUAAGAUUCUGAAGUCUAUGUGUUUGUUUCCCUCCCUAAAUGGAUUUCAAUUUUAACAGCUGUGGUUAAAUCAAAAGAAAGUUUACUGUACAAAAUGAUGUAGCUUGCUGCUGUUUGUAGUACAGCUUCAAUCUAGUUUUACGUUUGUUCAGAUGUAGGGUUUAAUGGAACUGGUUCAAUAAAUAGACAUUUGUAUUUUAGGCGAGAAUAUGGGUGAAGUGAUGAAAACAAAUGUCAUGAUGCAAAAGUUUAAGUUGAAUUCAAAUUCGUAAUCCUAUGAAUAAACAAAACUUUAUAAUAUAACAAGUACUGUGAUUGAUGACUCAAAAGUUAGUUUUAGUUUUAAAGUUGUUGAAUGAAUGCAUAUUUUAAAUGUAGAUUUGUUUAGUUUUGUGCUUUAAACUGUGCAAUAAAACGUUUGUUUUUUUAAAAAAAACUGGUUAGUGGUGCAUGCAAUUACUUUUAAUGAGCCAUAUUGAAGUGCAGAACCUCAGCCUCUUCAAAUCUGUGGCUUUGCUUGUAAGUAAUAAAAUGUUUCAUUGUUAACUGCUAGGUAUGGUUUAUCAUUAAGCACUGCACUUUAUCUUUUGUAGUUACAUAUUCAGUUUUAAAGCUAGCUUCAUGUUUUGUGACAUUUUACAUAUCUGAACACAAGUUAAUUUGUAAGGAAUGGGCCAUUGUCAUAACAGAGAUCUUGGGUAGAUCUUUUUAAAAUAAGA